AUGACACUGAGACUCUUAGAAGACUGGUGCCGAGGGAUGGAUAUGAACCCUCGGAAAGCGCUGUUGGUUGCCGGCAUCCCUCCGACCUGCGGACUGGCAGACAUCGAGGAGGCCCUGCAGGCUGGCCUGGCUCCCCUAGGGGAACACAGAGUGCUUGGGAGGAUGUUCAGGAGGGAUGAAAACAAGAAUGUAGCCUUGAUCGGGCUUACAGUAGAUGCUAACAGUGCUCUGGUCCCCAAGGAGAUACCUGGAAAGGGUGGUGUGUGGAGAGUGAUCUUUAAGCCUCCUGAUGCUGAUAGUGAGUUUUUAUGCAGAUUGAGUGAGUUUUUAAAGGGAGAGGGAAUGACGAUGAGUGAAUUGACCAGAGUUCUUGGGAACCGAAAUAGCCCACGCAGCCUUGACCAGGGCACGAGCCCUGAAAUGCGAGCCCCCAUGGUAGCACAGACGAUAGAUGAAGCUCUGAAGCCUACCCUGCGGUAUCUGAGGUACAGAAGGCUGAGAGUGUUCUCAGGCAGGGAUCCUCCGGGACCAGGUGAAGAAGAGUUUGAAUCUUGGAUGUUUCAUACUUCCCAGGUAAUGAAAACAUGGCAGGUGUCAGAUGUAGAGAAAAGAAGGCGGUUGAUAGAGAGCCUUAGAGGCCCAGCAUUUGAAAUUGUUCGAGUCCUCAAGAUAAACAACCCUUUCAUUACAGUUGCAGAAUGCCUGAAGACUCUUGAGACAAUAUUUGGGAUUAUUGAUAAUCCUAGGGCGCUGCAGGUCAAAUAUCUUACCACUUACCAAAAGAAGGAUGAAAAGCUGUCUGCCUAUGUUCUAAGGUUGGAGCCUCUAUUACAAAAACUGGUAAAGAAAGGAGCAAUUGAGAAAGAAGUUGUGAAUCAGACCCGUCUAGACCAAGUCAUUGCUGGGGCGGUCCACAAGUCAGUUGGAAGGGAACUUGGACUGCCAGAGGGUGGCCCAGCCCCGGGCUUGCUGCAGUUACUGACACUGAUAAGGGAUAAGGAGGCAGCAGACGAAGAGGUCCUCCUUCGGGCCGAAUUAGAAGGGUGUUUAACUUGACCCAAGACUAGCGAGGAGACU